AUGGAGCUAGCGCCGCCAAGGUCCUUGAUCGAUGCUCAGGGCCAGCUCAGCUCCUUCGUGCAGCAGCAGGUGCCUCGCAGGAUCAGCUAUGGCACCAAUUCCCAUGCCUUCUAUCCCGCUGUCCCACAAGCCAUGAACGGACCCUUCAAGUUCUUCGUGCAGACGCCUGCCCACUUCCUUCCGGACCCCGGCUCUCCGCUGGCGACGCAAGGAGGAGUCUACCAAUCCAUGGGCGUGCAAGCAUCGCUCUCUCCCGUUGCCUUCACCUCGAUGGCACGCCUUAGCGGCCCACCCACUUUCGACUUUGCAGGCAGGGCCACCACCCGGUUUUACCCAUACAUUGUCUACGCUUUUUUACGCCACUUUACGCUUUUUUACGCCACUUUUACGCCUUUUUACGGGCGCGGAGGGCGCGGAGGGCGCGGAGAGGGCGCGGAGGGCGCGGAGGGCGCGGAGGGCGCGGAGGGUGCGGAGGCGCGCGGAGGGCGCGGAGGGCGCGGAGGGCGCGGAGGGUGCGCGGAGGGCGCGGAGGGCGCGGAAGGCGCGGAGGGCGCGGAGGGCGCGGAGGGCGCGGGCGCGGAGCGCGCAGAGGGCGCAGAGGGCGCGGAGGGCGCGGAGGGCGCGGAGGGCGCGGAGAGCGCGGAGGUCGCGGAGGGCGCGGAGGGCGCGCAGGACGCGGAGCGCGCGGAGGGCGCGGAGGGCGCGGAGGGUGUGGAGGGCGCGGGCUUGCAAACGUCUGCUGGCGUAAGCUCGUCUGCAGCUAGGCCCAGCGACUGGCAGACUUGCUGCCUCUGGCUCAGCCAGUGGUCACACACUGCCAUCGCAUGGACCCUAGCUGCCCUGGUCCUGCGGCUGCAGCAGAUGCAUCGCUGGAUCUUCGCUGCGCUUGGCCUCCCGUUCAAAGAGCUGAGUCGCAGAGAACCUGCCCUGAGCCUGCAGAGCGAGAGGAUGCCCAUUCUGGUGUCCCAUGGCAGCAUUUGUGCAGCCACGGACAGGCAGAACCUUGGAGCGGAAGAGACUAAGGGCGAGGUCAAGCGGAAACGCGUGGCCAUGAAGAAGGCCGCAGAUGGAGCUCCAAAUUGGUCCAAGAGUUCCGCCUUCCGGGAUUCCACUGGAGACAGUUACCUCCGAGAGGCCGCUGUGCCAGACAAGGAGGGUUUGCAAUCUAUUGCAGACAAGAUGCUGAAAGCCUUGGUCGAUGUGGGACUGAGGUGCCUGGUGAUGUUGGUCAGCGAGCUGUGGUCGCUGCGGGGGCUUACGCGCUUCUGCUUGCCGCAGUGCUGUGGUCCAUCUGCGUUUAUCGUGCCACUUCCCGGGGAAAUGCGGGGCCGCGCAGCUGGAGGAGCUAGCUGGGGACAGGGCAACUUCGAGGUGCAGAAGAAAAUGGUCUCCGCAUCCAAUUUCUUGACAACAGGCAACAGGGCAUGUUCCUACCCCACCACACGAGAUAGAAUUAUGUAUGACAACAUCAACCGCCAAAGAAGAGCUGCCAAAAACAAGAUCAAUGGCUCUCCCUGGGCCACGAUGGUGAUGACGGGUCGUGUGCGGCCAAAUAGUCACAGUUCGAUCCCGGAAAGGCAGGUGUACUUCCUGUGGCUGUGGAUCCGCCCAGAACGGAUUGAAGGCCUUCAAGUUCUGUCAUCCACUCUUCAUCUCUUUGGGUGCCCUCGGGUGGCAGAGAAAGCGUAA